AUGGCGAAUACACUUCAGCGAUACAAAGCUCUCAUAACCAAAGCCAAUGAGCAUUACGAGAGAGCCGAAUGGGAGUUGACGGAGAAUGCUCUUAGAGAUGCGGAACGUCUUUGCAAGAGCAAGGAUUUUCCGGAUGGUCCUUACUGCCAGCUGGGUAUCAUGAUCAAGCUUGCGGAAGUUACACGUCGCCAUGGGCGAUAUGAAGAGGCUGUCAAAGCUUCCCAGGAAGCACUCAACUCUGAUCGCAUAGACAAAAUCAUGGCGCUCUCUGUGUUGGGAGAGCUGGGGGUAAACUACAGGCAUAUGGACAAGAUCGAGGAAGCAAACGCCACAUUCCAGAAGCAGUACGAUCAAGCAGUCAACUUGACUUUGGAGCUUGAAGCAAACGCCUGCCGUGCCGCAGGCAACCUUGGCAUGACAAUGUAUCAGCUGUAUAUGCAGCAAAGUGAUAAAGGCGACAAGGCCAAGCUCCAUAAGUCAAUAUACCUGCUGCAAGAUCGUGUUAAUAGGUCAAAGAGUAUUCAGAAGAGGCUAGCUCCAGAAGACAAGUUGAUGGGCAAGCUGAAGAUGUGGGAGUCGAUUGGCGUAUCGAGACUCUCGCUGCCCUAUGCGGCGGAUGGACAGUUUGAAGAGGCUGUCAAAUGGGGCAAGCUGGGCAUGGAGAUGACUAAAGACAACCCGGACCCGACGGUCAGGGCGAUGUCCCGAUUCUUCUACGGCAAUGCCUUACUGGCAAGCGGAGACCGAGAAGGAGCGAAAGCUCAGUUCAACUUCACGCGCUCUCGAGGAGAAUGUACUCCCGCCAUCGCUUUGAGCAAGGAACUCUCUGCGGAGCACAGGCAACAUCUCCAGACUAUGAUCAAGGUACGAGUGGAUCUUACCUGCUACGACGAGCAGGGCUAUAGUGCCCUCGACUAUGCCGUCUAUGGUAACGACAAAGAGGCCGCAAAGAUUCUUCGGGGUGGGUUAAGUCGACAACUUGACGACCCAGAUGAAGUGGAACGUCAUUACAGUCUCGCCUUGCUUUGGAAACACUCCCGCGAGGUCUUCCAUGGGCACUUCAGACCAAUCAUCAACCUGGGGAAGACUGAGACUCCCCAGGCAUUGAGGAAAGAAUACGAAGAGCUAUUAGACGACAAGACAAACGAUGGAAUAGCCAAGCGACAACGAUUCGACAGACUACGCUUGGUUGGCUUAGAAGACUUCGAGAAGCACGGCGAACUUCCGCACUUUGGGAUGCAUUGCAGCCUUAGUAAGACGUUCAGAGAGAUCUCGGCAAUCACAAACGAGAAGCCUUUCGUGGUCUUCUUCUCCUACAGGUGGAUUGGAAGAGACACAGAUCCAAAGAGCACCAACCCUGAUGACCCAAACAAGACUCAGUACAACCGCAUGAUUCUUGCCAUUAAUGAGCUAUUAGAACGUCACAAUGAGGUGCAACGAGAGAAUGUCUACAUUUGGCUGGACAUCGCUUGUAUAGACCAGGAGGACCUCGAGGCCGGAAGGAGAGAAAGAGGUAUCAACUCUUUGCCCAUGGUCGUUGCGCAGUGCGAUGCAAUGAUCAGCCUCGUUGACAAUCGAUACCUCACGAGGGCAUGGUGCGCUGUUGAGGUCCUUAUUAUGCAAACACUCCGAGAAACAUCCAACCAGCAUGAAUGGUGGGAACAUCAGCUCCACGACCCGGACAACGACAAUCUCAACGGUUUCCUUGAUCGUGGCCGAGACCAGAAGCUCGAACCCUCCAGAAUGGAUCUUACAAAGGAAGCCGAUCGUAGGCAUAUCGAAUUUUUGAAGCGACAAAGCAUGCUACUUGGAAAGACUGGAGGGUUUCUAUCGUAA